AUGUCAUACAGGCCCCACCACGCAACUGUACCCACCAAUCCCAAGGUGUACUUUGAUGUGAGCAUUGCAGGUCAGGCAGCCGGCCGCAUCACCUUUGAGCUCUUCGCUGACGCCGUACCAAAGACGGCGGAGAACUUCCGUGCGUUAUGCACUGGUGAGAAGGGCUUCGGGUACGCCGGCAGCGGCUUUCAUCGCAUCAUUCCGCAAUUCAUGUGCCAAGGUGGUGACUUCACUCGCCACAAUGGCACAGGCGGCAAGUCCAUCUAUGGUGAAAAGUUCCCCGAUGAAAGCUUCGCCGGAAAGGCGGGUAAACACUUCGGCGCUGGCACGCUUUCCAUGGCCAACGCUGGCCCCAACACGAACGGUUCCCAGUUCUUCAUUUGCACGGCUCCCACUCAGUGGCUUGACGGCAAACACGUCGUCUUCGGUCAGGUGCUUGAAGGCAUGGACGUCGUCAAGGCAAUGGAAGCUGUCGGCUCGCAAGGGGGAAGCACAAGCAAGCCCGUCAAGAUUGACUCGUGCGGCCAACUAUAA